CUAGCUUGGGAAUUUCCCAGUUCGUGAUUCGAGCGAAUUAGGCCUGUGGCCGGGCGAUCCAGGCGCCGGCGCUCUGCUUCGCUCUCUCCCUUGCUUUGCCAUGUUCGCUCGGAAAGCAGCAGACAUCGACAUGGGCCUCGACAAGAGGCUACUACCAAGCAGGAGAUAGUUAGAGGUCAGAUUUCCAAUCUUCUGGUCUCAACUUAAGAGUCAGUGUGAUAUGGCAACAAAGAGGAGUUCUACUACCACUGGAGGUACAGAUGGAGAGCCAGCUAAGAAGAAAGGAUUUUGGGUGAUGGGAUUAUUGGACUCUAUGAAGGACCCUGCCCUGCAGCAUUUUACUGAUGACAAGGUGGUUGUUAUCAAGGAUAAAUAUCCCAAGGCAAGACACCAUUUCUUAGUUUGCCCAAGACUGAAGAUCAACAAUUUGAAGGCUCUUAAAGCUGAACAUCUUCCUCUUCUAAAUCACAUGCAUGAAAUAGGGAAGAAGAUCAUCAAGGAUUCUAUAGGUGAGGAAGGUCUAAAGUACCAGCUUGGAUAUCAUGCAAUACCAAGUAUGAGCCACCUUCAUUUACAUGCCAUCUCAAGGGAUUUUGAUUCACCCUGCCUCAAAACCAAGAAGCAUUGGAACUCAUUCACAACAGAUUACUUUGUAGACUCCAUGGAAUUGAUAGCCGAGCUGGAAGAAAAUGGUUGUGUUGAUACCUCUGGACGGAAGGGAGAUGAACUCUUAAAGCUACCUUUAAGAUGCCAUGUUUGCAAAUCAGAGUUCUCAAAUAUGCCAAAGCUGAAACAACACAUUGUAAAACAUAUUGAUAAAUGACCAAGCUUGAAGGCUAGGUCUGCAGAAGAGGACAACAAGAUCACCAGUCAGUGCUAUUGUAUGGAUUAGACAAUAAGUGAGAGAAUUGAACAGAAUUGAUACAGGGAGGGUUUGCAAUGUGUUCAGAUGAUAUAUGACUGCUGAUGUUUUUAUAUAGGAGUUCUCCACCAUGCCAAAACUUAAGCAGUACAUUGUGAAACACAUCAAGAAGUGACCAAGAUAAGAGAGGUCUGCAGAAGAACACAAGAUCAUCAGUCAGUGCUAUUCUAUGGAUCAAACAAUUGAAAGACUGUAGAAGCUUUUAAUGGAAAGACUUGCCAGAUGCUUUAUCCAACAAAGUUUGUUAACUCCAACAGAUAAUUUAAGAGCUGUGUGUUUCAGGGAAUCUCAGCCAAUCGGAAUCUAGGAAGCUGUCGGAUCGGACAGAUUGUGGGAUAAUAUUGUUGAUGAAACACUCCAUGAUGUCAUUGUAGAAUGUUGUGGCCCAGUGGAUUAGUCUUCGGACUUUGAAAUUGAGGCUUCAAUCCCAGCAUGGCGUAGUUUCCUUCAGCAAUAAAUUUAUCCACAUUUGCUGCACUCGACCCAGGUGAGGUAAAUGGGUAUAUGGUAGGGAUUGAUUCCUUGAAAUGCAUAUGCGGUGCACUAAAGUAUUAAUGGCUGCCAAGCUAAAGCUGGGAUAAUGAUAUAUCCAAGUCCUUUGAAAGCGCCUAUAACGUGAUAUGUAAUUGUCGUUAGACUCCAUUUGAUCAUUAAAGAUUGUUGAAAUGGUUCCAUUUGCUAAUGUGUGAUUGCACCAAUGGGAAAUUUGCUUGGUGCUGAAAUCAAUAU